GGAUUAUGAAAGCCGUAAUAACAGCAAAAUUUAUUUUUUAAAUUUUAGACUCAAGUACCUACAGUUUAUUAUUUUUUUUAAAUCGGUAUUAUUAAAAAUAAACAAAUAUGUUAAAUUUAAGUAAAUGUUUAUGUGGUAUAGGUAAAAAACUGAAUCCUAAUAUUACAAUCAGCAAAGUAAUGUUACUUGAUUGAAUUAAUAAAUCAUAUAGUUUGAAUUGUCUAUUAUUUAUUUUAGGGACUACUAUUAAAACCCAAUCAAUUCAUUCAUCGUCAACCAUUCGUUAACAAAACAUCAAUAUCAUCAAAUUUAAAUGUAAGGAUAAAGUCACAAUUUUAAGGUAUUUAAUGGUACCAUAUUAAAUACUUAUAAAACUAAUAAGAUUUAAAUCAGAUCCAUUUUAAUAUCCUUAUUAGGUAUACACACUGAAAUACACUCUUUGAACAUUAAACAUAUUAAGUACUUAUAAAUUAUUUAUGUGUUUAUAAUUUAAUUACAGUUGAAUGUGUGGAAAAAAUCCUUUAGUAAUGUUCAUAAAGUAGAUGCCGAUCCAAAAUAUGUUGGUUACUGGUUUCUUGGUUGCAGUGGAAUGGUUUUUGUUGCCGUUGCAUUGGGUGGUAUCACCAGACUUACAGAGUCUGGAUUGUCUAUGGUCAACUGGAAACUAUUGGGUGAAAAAUUGCCAACUACUCAGCUUCAAUGGGAAGAAGAAUUUGCAAAAUACCAACAAUAUCCUGAAUUCAAAAUGUUAAUAUAAUCAUUGUGACUAUUCGACAUUUAAAUAAUUAUAUAUAUAUUCAUUUAAGGAAAAACUCUACUAUGACUAUUGAAGAAUUUAAAUGGAUAUGGUGGAUGGAGUACGCUCACAGGACAUGGGGCCGAUGUAUAGGCGCUGCAUUUUUCAUUCCUAUGGCUGGAUUCUGGCUGACUCGUAAAUUUAGUCGAACCACUAAAAUACAUUCUUUGAUUUGUUCCGUAUUGUUAGCUGGACAAGUAUGCCAGUAUUAAAUAAUAUUAUACUAUGAUACUACUCAUACAAUUUUUAUUCUUAUUCUUAUAUUUUAGGGUUUGAUGGGAUGGUAUAUGGUGAAAUCGGGCCUAGAAAAUAGAUUCGACAAACCCACAGAUGUUCCAAGAGUAUCACAGUAUAGAUUAGCUUCUCAUCUGGGCUUAGCAUUUGUAUUGUAUUCAUUCCUUCUAACAAAUUCAUUACGCAUUCUUUUACCUGUUAAAAUUACUGGAGUUGUUACUAAAAAGUUUGUUGGACUUGCAAUGGCAGCUAAAGGACUAGUCUUUCUGACAGCCAUGUCUGGUGUGUAUAUUAAUGCAUUAUUAAUUGAAAUUGUAUAACUAGAAUAGACAUAAGUAUCUAUCAAUCCAUUUUAUUAUCUAUAUUAAAUUUAUACAGAAUUUAAUUACAGAUUAUAUUUCUAAAUUUGGCAUUACUUUAUAAUAUUUUUUUUUCUUAUACAAUACAAAAAAAAAAAAAUUAGUAAAGGUAUUACUCUUUCUGGCUCUUUCUUACAAUGUCCAGUUAGUGCUAACCGGUUGUUAAAUUUAGCAAAAUUCUGUUAGUUAACUCACGGUUAGCGCUUUAAUAUUAUGAAUCUACUUAAUAGAUUCAAUUUUUAGGUGCAUUUGUGGCUGGAUUGGAUGCUGGAUUGGUUUAUAAUUCAUUUCCAAAAAUGGGUGACACCUGGGUACCUGACGAUAUAUUACAAAUGAAACCUGUAUUUAGCAAUAUUACAGAAAAUCCUACAACAGUGCAAUUUGAUCAUAGAAUAAUGGUAACCAAUAAAAUUUAUUUUAAAAUUAACUGUCUGUAUAAUUAGAAUUUGUUUUAUUAAUUAUUUUUACAGGGAAUAAGUACUGUAUCAAUUUUAUCAGCCUUAUACAUUAUGUCUCGUAAAAGUAAGCUACCCCCAAGAGCUAAAGCAGCUUCCACUGCAUUAGCUGCAUUUGCAUGGUGCCAAGUAAUUAUCGUUUCAUAAAUUUUGAAAAUAAAUGUAUGUAUUACUUAACAGCUAUAAAUCAUUUCAAUUUUUUUUUUAGAUGGGAUUAGGAAUUUCUACACUUCUUACUUAUGUUCCUGUGUCACUGGCGGCUGCUCAUCAAUCAGGUUCACUCACCUUACUUUCACUUGCUCUAUGGCUUGUUCAUGAAAUUAAAACAUUACCUAAAGUUUAAAUUUCAAUUAUUAUACUAGUUUAUGUAAUAAAAAGUAAGAUUUAAACAAAUAUAACAAUCAAUUAAUUUUUAAAAACCAAUUAUUGUUAACUGUCAUUUGAUAUUUGUGUUAAAUGUAAUAUUCAAGAUGAAAUAAUUGAAUUAUAUUUAGUAUAUUAGUGUUUAGAAAUUAUUAAUGACAUUUUAAAUUUUUAUCAGGACCUUAGAUGGAAAACUGUUGAGUAUACUCUAUAACAGCAGUUCUUAACCUUUUCAUGUUCGUGCACCAUUUGCACAUUUUUAAAUUUUUUAAUAUGAUUAACUUGAUAUGGUUAUAACUUUUUUUUACUCAUCAAAAAAAAUAAAAUGUGUAAAAUGGAGCUUUUUAUUAUUAAAUUUACGUAAUUAUAAGCAUUUAAUACGCAAAAGUAAAAUUAAAUAUGUAUUCUGUACAGUUAUUAUUUUAGAUUCAGAGCUUAGCAAGGGAUCUAUUGGUUUUACAUUAUUGUUUUUUUUUUGUAUGCCUGUGAGCAACUUUUCCAUCAGAAAUCUUGUUCUGAACUGUUCAGUGUAACAUUUUUUCUUUAUUACAUUGAAAAAGACAUUUUUUGAUUUUCUGAGCUGUUUUUGAAAUAAUUGGGAAUACAUGAAUAAACAUAAAGUGAAAACUGACAAAUUUACAGCGUUACAAUUUCAUUAUUUUAAAUUUUUAUGCUUUCUGUUUUCUACCAAAAAUAUUACUCCCAAUUUGAAAAUAACAAGAUUUCUUUUUUGUUGAAUUUUUAAUCUAAUUUAUAACCAAGAAAUGUAGAUUUUUUAAAUCAAAUUUUCACGAAAAUCGUAAAUAUUACGACCUUUCAAAACAUGUAUAGCUGAACUUCACUCACAUUUUUUGUUAACAAUAGCUUAUUGUUGGUUACUGGUAUACAUUUUAAAUAGCUUUCUAUAUCCCACCUUUCUAACUAUCCACCUUAAAAAUUAAAAAUCUUAUAAGAAUAAAUUUUAUCUUUAAGUUCAACUCUUUUCUUUUUACCACUAAAGAAAACUCCUAAUGAACCUUGUAUAAAAUCUUUGGGUAUUUUUACAGAGCUAAAAAAUU